CCAGAACAAGUUGUUGCAGCACCAAGAUCCAAAGAGGUCAGCGAAGUAUUCUUGUCAAGCGCAUCAGCUAUUGAUUCUGCUCCUUUACAGAAAAUCUUAUUACAGCUAAGACCUAGUAUAAUUAAAGAAAUGUUUGUUGUGAGGACUUCUGCUAAUGCACAACCUCCAUUAUCGCAAAUCGAUUGCCUUUUAGAAAGAGUGAGAUGA